CGCUCAUAUUUUUUACGCAGUAGCUAUUUGAACGAAUUGACGGGGAAUUGAAGCGAAAUUUCAAAGUCAUCCACGAAAACCCUAAACAAGGGGUUUAUUGAGUCUUUUGUAUGUGAUAACUUUGUAUAUAUUCUAUCUUAGCCUUUAUACGAGCUACUCAGAAUUGAGUCUGGUAGCUGAGAGCGGCUCAUUGGGAGCCGGAACAACAGGGGGCAGUAGUAUGACGGCGUGUACUCUGAGGUCACCUGCAGCAGAUCGGAGAACAAAUAACGUUUUUCACACAAGGAACCGGUUUUCUAUUGGUAACUUUAGUAUCUCGCAAGUCAAUUCCACUGGACAACUGACCGGCUUUAACCAGUAAUCGCCUAUUCUGUAACAUACAGUUGCUAAAUAUUUCAGCUAAACUUAUGGAAAAAGAAUUACCAGAUAAUCAACGACAUAACUUUUCAGCAGACAUUACGUACAGGAUUAAGACCAUCAUGGCUUCGAAAACGAAAGGUGGGAAACUUAAUUCCAAAAACAAGGACGAUGCACCUUUUGAACUGGAAAGCCAGUUCGUUCUGCGGCUACCUCAGGAGUAUGCCUCAACUGUGAGACGAAUUGCCCAAUCUGGAAGCAUGAAUCUUAAGGACAGGCUCACCAUAGAGUUGCAUGCUGAUGGCCGCCACGGAAUUGUUAGAGUGGACCGUGUCCCUUUAGCUUGUAAAUUAGUUGAUUUGCCCUGCAUCCUGGAGUCCUUAAAAACAGUUGACAAGAAGACUUUUUAUAAGACUGCUGACGUCUGUCAGAUGUUGGUUUGCACUCUGGAUGGAGACCUUUACCCUCCUCUAGAGGAGCCCACUGGGACUGUAGACUGCAAGACCAAGAAAAGGGAUAAAGACAAAGACAAGAAGUUCAUCUGGAAUCAUGGCAUUACCUGCCCUCUGAAGAACACAAGAAAAAGGCGAUUUAGAAAAACAGCAAAGAAGAAGUAUAUUGAGUCUCCAGAUGUGGAAAAAGAGGUGAAGAGGCUCCUAAGCACGGAUGCUGAAGCUGUCAGUGUUCGAUGGGAGGUCAUUGCUGAGGAUGAGACAAAAGAAGCCGAUAAUAAUUUAUCGUUGUCCAAUUUGGACUCCUCACCUGGAACCGCUGGGCACAAGGGCCAUGAAUCUUCAGCACCACGAGAUGAGCUGCGGGAGAUAUUUAAUGACAUCAGCAGUAGCAGUGAAGAUGAGGAUGAUGAUGGUGACAGGCAUGAAGAUGAAGACCUCAAUAUCAUGGAUACAGAGGAUGACAUGGUGGGUCAUCUAAACGAGAAGAUAAAUGAGUCUGAUGUGGGAAGAGAUGAGAACAACAGGAACAACCAAAUAGUGAUGGAAUACCAGAUGCAGAUCAACAACCUCAAAGCCAAACUGCAGGAGACACGAGCACGCAAAAAGCAGCAAGAAGAUUUGAUUAUGAAAGUUGAGAAUCAGGCCCUAAAGACCCGCUUUCAGGCUCUACUGAAUGACUUUAUCCGUGAAGAAGAGCGUCAAAUGGAAAAGCUGGCUUCCCUGCAAGAGCAGAUGGACUCACUGAAAAACGACCAAUAGAGGGCAGUGCAAUCUCAACUCUCUGCUGAAUGAAGAGUGCUGGAAACAAUAGUUAUGAUAAUGAAUUUAUUUGGUCUAACGUUAUUAAAUAUUAACCUAUACCUA